ACCAAUGCUACUAAUUACCAACAAACAGAUGAACGCCGGGAUGAGAAUGCCAAUCUCUGGGGCUGCCAACUGAAGCACUCGGGAGACGCUUGCACUGUGCGCCUCAGCCAUGGCAUCGGUUUCUGUGGAUGGAGAGAAAUUGGAGUGGGCAAAAGAGAAGAGUUAUAUGGUGAUUAA